ACCUCACACACCAUCUGUGCCUGUUGCCGAGAUGUAUGCCCCCCUCAUCAAAGGCCAUAACCCCCGAGUCACACUCUCAUGCGGGGGCACAGGAAUAGAGGGGGGGCCUUUCUUGACUAGAUUUUCACUGGUCAACUUCCCUCCAUUUUUAUAGGUCAACCUGGGGAAUGUUUGAUAUUCCCCGAGACGAAGGAUAUUGCAUUGCGCUAUGGGUUUCAACGCUUCUUUUCGGCAUCCAUAUCGUGAUUUUCUGCAUCUUCCUCUCUAGAUUUGUCUGGGCGAGCUCUCAACGGUCUUCCGAUGGAUCACGUCCUACCAUACAUGUAUAUCUAACCGGAACGGCAAUAGCGAUGUUCAUCGUCGGUGCCACAAAUAACUUGGUUGCCCUACAACGUGUUAUCACGGCGUUCUGGGCCCAGAACAGCCUAUCUCCGGCAGAUUUCUUCAAUGAGACAGCCAUUACUUCGAACUACGUCGAAUCGGUAACCUGGUUUCUCCAAGUAGUCCUCGGUGACGCGUUCCUGACAUACCGCUGUUGGGUCAUAUACACCAAACGAUGGUGGGUGUUAGCUGUAUCAGGUUCCCUUGUGCUAGCAACGUUUUGCAUGGGUGUAAUGCUGCAAUGGGAGUUUGGCCGACCGCAUCCGAACGCAGUGAACUAUGAACGGACUGCAGCCUUGUACCGCUGGGAAGCCCCGAUGAUUAUAAUAUCUGUGGCUUUGAACCUUACGCUUACUACGGCAAUUGCAUGGAAGAUUUGGUGGCAAUAUAGACAACUAGGUCGUGUCGCACGCCAUCGCGAAGCCCAUUACCUGCGCAUCUUAUGGCUCAUUGUGGAAAGCGGGAUGAUUGUCGCCAUAGCCCAGACGUUGAUUCUGGUACUUGGAGCCAUACAUAAUUCUGGCUACCAAAUUGUUUUACACGCGGUGACCCCACUCAUCGGUAUUGUCUUCACGAGUAUCAUUCUGCGGGUACAGAAAGUCUCCUACGAAAACACGGCGCAUACCAUUACUACCGAUGCACCCCCACUCGAUACCCUUGUUAUCGAUUCGACAUUGUCGGGUGACGACACAGCCCGGAAUCGCCUAUUAUCUUUCGAACCGAAAAGAACGCGAAUAACUGACGAGAUACACCACAAGCCAUAUGAUCGACAUCCGGAAGCAGAUCUCGAGCUUUCUACGCUCAGGUAGCACGAGAUGGCUGUUGGAUUUGAUUUGCUUUGCAAUGAUUAGGACCUUGUAAUGAUCAAGAAAACGGAUUGUACUGCUUAUUUUUUUUUUAGCGUGUUCAUUGGCUUGUACUCAAUAAUCUCUUCUGCAUUCAUAAUACAACGUUGACGCGAUACACGCAACCGUCAUUAUAUAAAGUCCGCCGUAAGUGUAUUACGAUGAGUCUGUCCAGUAUAUCGUCCGUGCAAUACAUACAAAUGUCUAUC